ACGUGACGUCACAGCAGACAACAUAAUAAAAGGGAUGGGGUGUGUGUACAUGCCUACAUGUAUUAACAUACAUGUACUUGACCCUCAUCACAGCGUGCACAUAAUGGAUGGACUCUUUUACAGACACGAGGUCUGUGGUGCACGCAUCGAUACUCCUAGGUCAGUCAGAUGUUGGUGUCUUAUUUGCUAGUGCACAUAAGAGACUUCUCGAUGAGUACUACCGCAACAGAUGCCUAUUUUCUCGUGAGCUGUUCAUGCUGUGACCUGUUAGAGUACUUCUGGUGAAAACAUGGCUGUCGUCUCCGGUGCCUUUGUUCUUGGAAUAAUGCUGCUACAAGUGACCUCUCCUGGGUACGCCCAAGACGCAGCAGACAGUAUUCCAACCGAUGGUACAUCAGACGUUUCUUCACCUCAUUCCAACUCUUUACUACCCGAUGGCAGUGUGCGUUUAAAGGGUGGGUUCCAACCUUACCAGGGUCGUGUAGAGAUCUACUACGGAGGCUCUUGGGGGACCAUCUGCGCAGAAACGUGGAGCCAGAAUGCUGCCAUCGUCGUGUGCCGACAGCUGGGCUACAGUGGCGUGCGGUCGGCGCGCGAAACCUUCGGAGAGGGCACAGGUCCGAUCCUGCUGGACGGUCUCAACUGUGGCGGGUACGAAGAUGGUUUGGGAAAAUGUCCCAAGACCAGCUGGGAGGGGCCUACCUUCUGCAACCACACACAAGACAUUGGGGUGUUGUGCAGCAUUGGAGAAGACCAAGCAACACCUGCUCCUUCGGAAAUUAAAGAUGGUUCAAUACGUCUUGCCGGUGGUACCCUGUCCCACAAUGGCCGCGUGGAGAUUUAUUACCAAGGAGAAUGGGGAACCAUCUGCCGUGACCAGAACGACACCAAGGUACCCGACGUAGUCUGCAGGCAGCUGGGUUACGAGAGGGCUGACCCACCCAAUGCUGUACCUACUGGGGGAUUCGGGCCAGGAUCAGGAGUCAUUCAGCUGGGUCACGUGAUGUGCGAGGGGAUUGAGUCAAAAUUGGCGUUCUGCGCCCACGACACUUGGGGAGAAAAUGACUGCACGCACGCUGAUGACUUCAUGGUCAGCUGCAAGACAUACACACCACCAGAAGAUGGUGCACUUCGCCUGGUGGCCGGGACCAACGCUGCCAGCGGGCAAGUCGAAGUCUCCUACCAGGGCGUCUGGGGCACGGUGUGUGACAAGGACUGGACCAUCGAAGACGCCACCGUCGUCUGUCGACAGCUUGGCUUUAGACCGGCUCGAGCCUCUCUAUCUUACUCCUACUUCCUGGACGAGGACUCCAUCAAUCCCAUCUUCUUUGACAACGUGGAGUGCGAAGGCUCGGAGAACAGACUGGAGGACUGUGUUCAUUCCUGGCGGGGUGGCGCCUGCAAACACAUCGAGGACGUCGGCGUCAUUUGUGGCGCACCCCUGGUUCAUAAACCAGUCACUACAGAAGAUGGUAGAGUGCGUUUAAGAGACGGACGCUAUCCCCAUCGUGGGCGUGUCGAAAUCAAGUACCAGGGAGAAUGGGGAACCGUGUGCGACCGAGACUGGAACUUGGAGGCAGCCUCGGUGGUGUGUCGUCAGCUGGGCUACCCUUCAGCAGAGAGCGCCCUCCCGGGGGCUUUCUACCGUGAGGGGACGGGGGUAAUCCAUCUGGAUCAGGUCACGUGCGAGGGACGAGAGUCUGAACUGGCAUUCUGCAAUCACGCUAGAUGGGGGGUUAACGAGUGUCAGCAUUCUCAAGAUGCGAGUGCAGUUUGUACCGCACCCAAACCGGCUCGAGAAAUGCAAGAUGGGGCCGUUCGAUUUUCCGAUAGUGAAGAUCCUCUCCGAGGUCGACUACAGGUGCACUACCAGGGUGUCUGGGGUGUAGUCUGUGGGGACAACUGGGAUACGAUUAACAGUGACGUCGCCUGUCGGCAACUGGGCUACUGGGCUGCCGAUCCUUCAGUCGCCCUUACCUUGGAUCCCGCUGGUGGUUUCCGGCCCAUUAUGUUGGAUGACGUCGUGUGCUCUGGGAAAGAAGACCGAUUAGUAGACUGUUCCCACAACGGCUGGGCCAUCGCUGACUGCGAAUCGGGAGUAGUCCGUUUAGUUUGCCUUAGUACCAAGCCCACAACCCCGACCCCAGAAACUACGACUCCACCCAGUACCACUACAGUAAGGCUUCUUACUACGGACUCCACCAAUCCGAUCACCGUCGAGUCAACAACGGUUACUUCGGUCCCUGAACCGCCAACCCCGGUUGGAAACGCCUCUGAUGUCAUGAGAGGCGAUAACGAUGGGGCUGCUGGCCAAAUCGGAGAAAGUUCUGCAACCCUAGGGCCAGAUGGAAAACAUGUUGGAUCUAAAGCCGUGUUUCCCGCAGUCUGGGUGAUUGUCGUCCUCGUUCUCAUGGUUCCUGCCAUCGUCAUUAUUUUUGUCAUUGGGCUCUACAUCAAGCACAGACACGGCACGACAUCGUACAAGCCUGUCCACCAGGGUGCAAUACCUAUGCAGGCGCACGUUUAGUUAGUACGAGGUUUUUUUUUCUAAUUUUGUUAAUUUAGUGUAUAGUAAUUAUAGCUUAAAGCGAGCUAAAAUUUGUUCCAUCUCCACCUGUGCUGUUCUCUGUUCAAGAGUAGAGUACAUGACAGUGCUAGUCGUGUCAGUCGGUUUUCACGCAAUACAAGUCAUUAAAUGAAAUAAUUAUCAUUAAUCUUUUCUGGCUAAUUCCCAAUUAACGUUUGCUUGUAUUUUAGAACAAACUGUCACUGAACAAAAUGCAGUGUUGGUGAAGUUUCAGUUUUAUUUGAAAAUGAAAAUAGCUUAAUUAAUGAGGGUCGAUAUGCCGUCAGAGGGAGCUUUAUCGUAUUAAAAAUGUGAUCGGUGACAAAGUGUAUAAGUUUUCGAGAAUCCGCGGAUAGAAAAGAAGGGGUUGUCGCAGAAAUUUCAGAGACAAUGAAUACUCUCGAUGAUUCAACUCGCAUUCCCUUAAAUUCCUAACACAGAGCUCAAUUUGAAGAACAAUCAACCCUGUGUGAUGGCUUUCGCCUCAAUCGCUUGUGUAAAUCCCCUUGUGAGUUUUCUCCAGUAGCUGGGUGAACUAUGCCAAACAACUUUGUUACGCAUUAAUCUUUGACCUAGUAUGAAUUGAUAUGGGAAAUCAUUUGUCAAAAUACCGCAUCAAAUAUACUUAUAUUUACUUGUUUUCCCUACUAUAAACCAAGACAAAAAAUUAAAACAGAACAGCAGAAAACUGGAAAAACUUAACAGUUUGCGAAUGAUCGUCCAAAGACAAAGAGUCUGUCAAGGGGUUUUCCUAAUUGAAAAUUGAAAACAGUAUCAAA